CCUCUUCCCUUUCUAUCAUAUACAGAUAGAUUCUAGGAGUUAAGCAGCAAUUUCUUUCUUUGUUCUUCCAGACUCCAAACCCAUGAAAGAUUCACCAGUUAAUGAUUUACCUACUGCUGGCUAUCUUGAAGGCACCUUUCGCCGUUAUGCUGAUCUGAAGCUGUUGUCAGGUAAGGUGGUAGGGAUGUUCUGUUGUCAUAAACCACAAAGCAAGUAUGAGAGGCUGGAUCGUAAGCUUGAAAAGAGGAUGAUUGAGAUUAAGAAAAGUGCCUCAGGACAAAGCAACUUCAGAUCAAUCAAUAGCAUAAUCAUGAAAUUCCCCCAGUUCAAAGAGGGAUUGAAAGAGAUAAGAGACAUUUUCCGACAGUACGAUGAAGAUAACAAUGCAACCAUUGAACGUGAAGAACUAAAAAAAUGCUCUCAGGAAUUGCAGUUAACAAUCAGAGAGGAGGAAAUUGAUGAUCUUUUCUACUAUUGUGAUAUAAAUGAAAAUGAAGGCAUACAACUCAAUGAGUUUAUUGUUCUUCUGUGUCUCAUAUAUUUCCUAACGGAUUAUUCCAUCCCUUCUCAUACUGCAUCAGAUAUUCUUUCGCCACAGCUUCAAGCUACUUUUAAUAUUAUAAUUGAAGCAUUCUUGUUCCUUGAUAAAAAUGGCAAAGGGAAAUUGAACAGGAAAGAUGUUGUCCAGGCACUGAAUGAGGCUUCUUCUUUGGAGAGAUCACCCUCUCACGUGACUCACACUCGAUUCAAAGAAAUGGACUGGAACAGAAAAGGCAAGGUUGGCUUCAGGGAGUUUCUCUUUGCUUUCAUCGACUGGGUUGGAAUGGACUCAGAUGAUGAAGCUAUUGAGAUAGAAAAUUAGCUGGAUCCAGAUCUGCAAGGCAGAAAGCAAGAUACAAUCUGCAGGAGGUCAGAGUUGAUUGAUGUGUACACGUGACAUAAAGCGCGUUGCAUAUCAGUGUGCAUAAGUGGCCAAUUACACGUACGUUUAUUACUUUCAGCUGAAAAAGCUGAAAUCUCACUUCUGUUUCAUACUUUUGUGUGUUUUGCUGUUUCUUUCCCCAUAAGAUUUCUUAAGAUCUGUAGUCUAUACUUUGUAUCAAUGAAUUGAACUGUU